AUGCGCAGCGCCCGCGGUAGGUGUUUUCAUCGCUCCGUGGGAGGGUCUUGGACCAAUGGCGGCGCCGCUGUGUCCAUGGGCAACUUGUCGGCUUGCGGCGGCCCAGCCCACAGCUGCGCGGGCGCGCGCUUCACCCCGCGCGGCGAGCCGGGCCGGUUCGGAUCCGAUGAGGACACGCUGGACGUGGCCCCAGCUGGUACGGUGUUCAAGGAGACGCUGCAGGGCAUCGGGGCCCCUGACCGCGACGCCCUCCUGUUCGCGGGCACCGCGAAUGCCGUGGCGGUGCGCUGGCUCCUGGAGAGGGGCGCCUGCCUGGACGCCUGCGACGCGAGCGGCACCACGCUGCUGCACGCGGCUUGCCGCAGCGGCAGCAGCAUCCUGGUGCAGGACCUCGUGCGCCUCCGCGCGCUCCUGGACGUCCCCGACGCGGCGGGUUGGACCCCGCUGCACGUCGCGGCGGUGAUGGGGCGCAGGGACGUUGCCGUGCUGUUGCUGCGGCGGCGCGCCAGCCCAGCCUCGAGGACCCGGCAUGGGGAGAGCGCCUCCGACCUGAGCAGGGACCCCUUCAUGCGGGAGCUGCUGGACGAGCACGCGGAGCACCCCUCCGGCUCCGCGCCCUCGCUGCGGCCGCCCCCGAGGCCUUUCCUCGCCGACAUGCCCGUGAGCGACACGCCAGGGUUCCAGAGCCACGACUUGGAGACCUGCGAGCCUUUCUUUGUGCCGCGCGAGUCCCUCUUCAGCAAUGAGGCGUGCCGCAAGGAACUUGCACGUGUGGCGCUGGAGGUGUUCGACAGAAGCCCCGGCCACGGCCUUGCGCUCUUGGUGGCGUGCGGGGUGGUGCCAGACAAGCCCAUGGAGGUGGCCGAGCUCCUGCGGAUGUCCGGCGUGAACCGGCAGCGGCUGGGCGAGUUCCUUGGGGAGGAGUACUCGCUGUCCCAGACGCUCCGUUUGGCCUUUGUGCACGGCGUGAGGCUGGAGGGCACCGGCGUGAUCGGGGCCCUCGCCGAGGUGUUCGGGGCCCUGCAUCCACCGGAGGAUCUCCUCUGCCUGAGCCGCAUCGUCACGGCCGUCGCGCUGCUGUGGUGGCGGGCGCACGGCGGCGCCGCCCUGGCAGGCAGGCACGCCCAGGCCGGGCUCGGCGACGAGGAGGGCCUGGACUGGAGAGCGCUGGACUCAGACUUUGGGGGCGCCGAGGAGGAGCUGGCGGGCGCGGAGCUCUUCGAGCAGCUGCGCAGCAGGGCGGCGCUCUGCCAGCUCAUGUUUUCCGCCGUCAUGCUCUGCCGGGCGCAGCGCCCCGUGCCCCUGAGCACGUGGCUCCGGCUGAACGCGGGCAUCGAGGCCGACGGCGGCAACGUGCCCGUGCGGGUGCUGCGGGGCCUUCACCGCCGGGUCACGAGCGGCCCUCCCCGCCCCGCUGCUGCCUGCCGCUCCGCCCCUGGCCGCCGCACCGCCCGGCGCCGCUGCCGCGGCGGGCGCCGCGGAGGGCGUCCACGGCUGGGCCGCGAUCCCCCGCGGCGGCUUCCUGCGCGGCCUGCCCUCCGACGGCCCGCGGUCGCCGCGCGAGGAGGACAUGCCCGAUCUCAUACCACUCGUGCGGCUGGCCCGGGACCUGGACAUGGCCCUGGCCAAGGCGGGCCAGCGUUGGCCCAGGGCGCCCCGCUGGGCGCGUCCUGUCGGUUGGCUGGCAGCGUCGUCCCCGAGAGCGCGGAGACCGCUGCUGACGGCUCGGCGCCGCUGGCGGGGGGCAGCCAGGAGCGGGCGGAGCCCGUGUGGCUCAGCCUGCGGCUUCCCUGGCUGCUGCUGCUCGCGCCGUCGCCUGGCGCGGCUCCCUACGCCCUGGUGCGGCUGUCCGGCGCCGCGCUGCUCCAGGCGGAGCCUGGACCGCUCCGGCUGCUGCUGGGGGGCGCCCCGGACGCCACCCGGGGUCAGCUCUUCGGCAGGGCCUGGAGGCAGCCGACGGCGGCGGCCGCGGAGGAGGGGCGCGGAGCUGGCGAUGCUGGGCGGGGCACGCGCGCGGCGAGCCCGCCGCGCCUUCCGCUUCCGGUCUGCCUCCUGCUGGCGGACGGGUGCUUCCAGCCCCUGGCGGCCAGGUGGCUGGAGCUGCAGUUCGACACGUCGGGCGCGUUCGAAUGUCCCGUGGCGGAUCGAUCUGGCCUGCACAGCUCGGGCACAGGCCGCGUCGCCGCGCGGGGGAGCGCGCUCGAGGGCGGCUGGCGGCAGCAGCCCGUCGGCCACCGGGGCGGCUCCCGCAUCAGCUUGCACAGGGACGCACGGCGCACUCGCAUUGGACACCCACGCCAACACGGGAUGCUGCCCUGCGCCGCGCUUCUGCGCGAGCUGCACGCCGAGGUGGCCGACGGCUUCCUGCCACCGUGGGCUCGGCAUCUCAUGACGGAGCUGCCGCCUGGGCCCGUUGGUUCCGCGGACCACGGGCACACGUUCAUCGCUGCUGGGCUCCUGGUCGAGCGCUUCCCGUUCAUCAUGCUGCUGGGCUUCCUGUUCACGGGCUUACUGUUCAUAAUGCUAGUGGGCCUCCUGUCCAUGAGCUUCCCGUUCGUCAUGGUGGUGGUUUACCUGGUCUUGUUCAUACUGCUGGUGCGUCUCUUGCUGGUAGGCAUCCAGUCCAUGCUAGGCGUCCUGACAGUGGGCUUCCUGCUCAAGGGUCUCCAGUUCAUCAUGCUGGUGGGCGUCAUGCUCAGCGGCUGCGAGUUGUUCCUGCGUGCCGACGACGGCGAGUACGACGUUAACGAGGGCGACGGCAACGUCGACUUAGCCAUACUGCGGCGAUCACGGUCCGUGCGCCCCGCCCAGAAGAACGCCGUUGGGGGCCUCGGCGUGUCGCCGCCAGGCUUGAUGGCGCCCGCGCCGGUGCUGGUGCCUGCUCUGGCCGCGAGCGGAGUGGCCUGGUCGCCCCCGGACUUCGCAGACCACGUGGCGGCCCCGAACGGCACCGCCCCGUUGCUGGUCGGCGGGCGCAGCAUGACCAGCACGCAGGACGUGGCCGCAGGUGGACACAAGCUCGACUCCGCCAUGAGUGUUCUGACGUCCCUGCUCGUGGACCUCGAGGAGGAGCUCUGGGAGCAGGGCGCCGUGGGCGGAGCGGCCGGAGGCGCGGGGGCGCGGCUGGGGCCGAAGCCGAAGCCGGUCGUGGCUGCCGAGGUGCCGAGCCCCGAGGUGUCGGCCCGGGCCGACAAGCUGGACAAUGCGCUGAGCAACCUCACGAGGCACCUGGCCGAGCUCGAGCGGCACCUCCGCGGGGGGCAGUCGCCCCGCGGAUCCUCGGUGGCGCUGGGAACGCCGGCCAGCGCGGCGCCCGCGCCGGCUCUCGAGGGGGCCAGCGGCAGGUCCCCCGUGGCGCCUGGAGCGGUGGCCGACGUGCCGCAGAAGCAGCGCGAGGCUGGCUCGCCCGCCGCCCCCGAGCUCGACGCGGCGCAGGCAAAGGUCUGCUCGCUGUGGGCGGGGGGCGCGCAGCCGCAGCCGCAGGGCCAGGGCCAGGGCAAGUUCGCCCGCUGGAUGCAGGAGAUGGCACCGGCGCCGACCUCGGGGGGCGAGACGAGCCCCCAGCUGGGCCAGCCGUCCGCUCAGAAGCAGCCGCCCUGGGGUCAGCCGGCAGUGCAGCCGGCGCCGCAGCAGGUGGCCUGGCAGCCGCAGCAGCUGCGGCCAUGGCAGCUGCAGCAGCAGCAGCAGCCCGAGCAGCGCGCCCCAUGGUCGGCCGUGCCCGUGUCGCCCGUGACGCCCGUGUCGCUCGAAACCGCGCCCGCGCUCCCGGCGCCCGUGCCCAUCCAGGCCGCCCCUGUGGCCCACAUCGUGAGGAUGCCUGGAGCGAUCUCCCCGCCAGCGCCGCAGGCCAAGCCACUCCGAGCGAACUUCGACGACAUGGGGUGCGUGGAUUCCAAGGCAUCCCAGUGUGUCGAGUCUUACGGCAUCGAGAAGUCUGCCACUGUCGUGUCAAAAGGCAAUCCGUUUGCUCCGGCAAAUUCUGGGUCGUCGACGCAGAGUACUCGAGCAAGCUCGAAGCAGUCUGACUCCACGAUCUCGGUCUCCUCGUUGGCUUCCCCGCGGUCCAGGGACCGUGUAUUGGGCAAGUUUGCUUUUGCGGAUGGGGACAAAGUUCUGCUGGGCGAGGGCACGUCAAGCGUGUGCUACCUGGGCAGCAACAUCGAGACCGGUGAUGCCGUGGCGAUCAAGGUGUACAAGCCUUCCAGGAGGGGGUCCACCAUGCUCGCCAAGUUCAAGCGUCAGGUCAGCGUGCUGCAGGAGUUGCAGCGGCCCCUCGAGAAGCCUGCGGAGGAGGCGCUCUGGUGCGAGGAGCUGGCCAGCACCAACCCUGCCGACCUCUUCCUGAAACUCCUGGAUUUCUCCAAGGAUGCCGACGGGGAGCCGGCCCCGGACCACGUGGACGGCCGCAUGUACAUCGUGACCGAGUUGGCCCAGUGCACCCUGAAGGACUGGCUGAAGCUGAGGAACCAGAGGAACUCCCCGCUGCCCGCCGAGAGCGUUCGCAAGAUCGCCAGGGAGGUCGUGCUCUCCGUGGCCUGGCUGCACGCCAAAGGCUUCGUCCAUCUCGACAUUAAGCCAGAGAACAUAAUGAUGUGUGGCGGCCGGUGGAAGCUCAUCGACAUGGACGGCUGCGUGCGCGCUGGCUCGAUCAUAAAAAUGGCCGACAACUCGGUCUCGUUCUCGCCGUGCUAUUGCGCCCCAGAGUUUGCCCGCCUGGUCCUGAAGGGCGGCAGCAUGAGGGUGAAGCCGAGCAUGGACGCGUGGAGCGUGGGCAUGACGAUUGCUGAGCUGGUCAACCUGUGCCCUCUGCUGCGCUUGCAGUACCAGCAGAUCAGCGAGGGCCAGUCGCCCCAUGCAGGAAGCGUGUCCUUCCUGAAGUGGCUCGGAGGCGUGCAGCGCGCGCCGCUGCCGAAGCGUGCCGCGUGGUCCGAGGAGAGCCGCUUCAAGUCCCUGCUGUGCACCUGGAUGCUCGUGCCAACCCCAGAGCGCCGGAAGACGCUGGCGCAGAGCCUGGAUGCCCCGUACUUUCAGACGGACUGA